AUGACGGUGGUGCCCGGCGAGCACCUGCCGGAGCCCGAGGCGGCCGACGGCGCGGGGGGCCCGGCCCCGGGCGGCUGGGAGCGGGAGCGGGAGCGCUACGAGCCGCUGCCGCCCGCGCCGCCGGCCGCCGGGGAGCAGGGCUGCUGCGGGGAGCGCGUGGUCAUCAACAUCUCGGGGCUGCGCUUCGAGACGCAGCUCAAGACCCUGGGCCAGUUCCCCGAGACGCUGCUGGGCGACCCCGGGCGGCGCGUGCGGUACUUCGACCCGCUCCGCAACGAGUACUUCUUCGACCGCAACCGGCCCAGCUUCGACGCCAUCCUCUACUACUACCAGUCGGGCGGCCGCAUCCGCCGGCCGGUGAACGUGCCCAUCGACGUCUUCUCCGAGGAGAUCCGCUUCUACCAGCUGGGCGAGGAGGCCAUGGAGAAGUUCCGCGAGGACGAGGGCUUCCUGCGCGAGGAGGAGCGGCCCCUGCCGCGCCGCGCCCUGCAGCGCCAGGUGUGGCUGCUCUUCGAGUACCCCGAGAGCUCCGGGCCGGCGCGCGGCAUCGCUAUCGUGUCGGUGCUCGUCAUCCUCGUGUCCAUCGUCAUCUUCUGCCUGGAGACGCUGCCUGAGUUCCGCGACGACAAGGACUACGCGGCGGCGGCGCAGGAGCAGCCCGAGGCGGCGCGCAACGGCACGUCGGGCCCCCCCGCCGCCGCCGGCUUCGCGGACCCCUUCUUCGUGGUGGAGACCCUGUGCAUCAUCUGGUUCUCCUUCGAGCUGCUCGUGCGCUUCUUCGCCUGCCCCAGCAAAGCCACCUUCUCGCGGAACAUCAUGAACCUGAUAGACAUCGUGGCCAUCAUCCCCUACUUCAUCACCCUGGGCACCGAACUGGCCGAGCGACAGGGCAACGGACAGCAGGCCAUGUCCCUGGCCAUCCUGCGGGUCAUCCGGCUGGUGCGGGUCUUCCGCAUCUUCAAGCUCUCCCGGCACUCCAAGGGGCUGCAGAUCCUGGGCCAGACACUCAAGGCGUCCAUGCGGGAGCUGGGGCUGCUCAUCUUCUUCCUCUUCAUUGGGGUCAUCCUCUUCUCCAGCGCCGUCUACUUUGCCGAGGCAGACGACCCCACCUCGGGGUUUAGCAGCAUCCCGGAUGCCUUCUGGUGGGCAGUGGUGACCAUGACGACAGUAGGUUACGGCGACAUGCACCCGGUGACCAUAGGGGGCAAGAUCGUGGGGUCGCUCUGCGCCAUCGCUGGUGUCCUGACCAUCGCUCUGCCGGUGCCCGUGAUCGUUUCCAACUUCAAUUACUUCUACCACCGGGAGACGGAGGGGGAAGAGCAAGCCCAGUACAUGCACGUGGGAAGUUGCCAGCACCUCUCCUCUUCGGCCGAGGAGCUCCGAAAAGCAAGGAGUAACUCGACUCUGAGUAAGUCGGACUACAUGGUGAUCGAAGAGGGGGGCAUGAACCAUAGCGCUUUCCCCCAGACUCCCUUCAAAACGGGCAAUUCCACUGCCACCUGCACCACGAACAAUAAUCCCAACUCCUGUGUCAACAUCAAAAAGAUAUUUACUGACGUUUAAUAUAUGCUACGAGUGACAUGCUGUGCUCAAGUACUGCGUGGACCGUGCCCCCUUGGUCUGUGUAUGCCCUCGUUUUAUACAUUUCCAGACCACUCAUCAAAGAAAGGACAUGAAGAAGUGGAAAGCACACUUCAUUUUCCCUCGCCCUACUGCUUCAUACUGAAACAGGUGUCUGUGUUGCAAGUGGGCUGCAUUCUCUCAGCUCUCCAUUUUUUCCUCCCCCUCCCUCGAAUAUUGCAAAGAACAAACUUACUUUAAACUUGAUUUCUAGUACACAUCCUCUAAAAAAAAAAAAAAAAAACUGUACAUCCUGGGAGGAAACGAAACUAAAGAACAGUUAGAGUAACUGCCUAACCUCGGAAUUGAAAGACAGUUGUUCUUUACUAAGUAAAGCAGGCACAUGCAUAAAGGAUGCUUCCGUUUGCUGGACCUUUGAACAUUAUUGAAUCUUUAGUUCAGUUGCCUAUGCUGUGGAUACUUGGAUGAGAAGUCUGAUUAGGGCAAUGACUUGUAAACCCACCGUAAGGGUAUUUGGUUUUUGACUGGAAGUUCUAUUCGAACCCCUUCCUGGAAUCUUAAAGAUUUCUACAACUGUGAACAAAGGGAAGUGCCCAAGGUGUCCCGAUCUAAUUAGUUGAACUCUCUGGGGCUUGUUCAGCAUUUCAAAAGAGAUGGACAGGCAGAUUCCUGUGAUGUUCCGUGUGUGUGUGUGUGUGUGUGUGUGUGUGUGUUCCCGGCAACAUCUAUCAAAGUGUGGAAACACAUGUUUUCAGUGCCGCUGAGAGAAACAAAAUUUCUAAUGCGCCUGCGAGAUAAGCUUCUGCAGUAUCACAAGAAGAUUAAAGUGGCAGACACUCCUUCCAGCGGAAGUUACUAAUUCGGACCUGACUGAUGCAGUUCCCAUAGCAACCCAUGUUUCCUGGGAAACCCGAAAAAGGUUGUCAUGGCAUCUCUUGCUUUCUAGCCCCACCCCCUAGCCCCUGCCGUUUCCACAAUAACCUUUCCAGAUGGUUCCUCCUUACGGGAUUUCAUAAGGAAAACCACUAUUUGGAUAAACCGCACAAAUAAAGUUAUGCCUGAAAAUCUGAGGUGGUGAAAUGAAUCACAAAAUGCAUAUUUUUUUUACUACAGAAAAUCAUUGACAUCAUCUCAUAAUGACUGAAUCGGAAAGGAAAAUAUUGCCUUUGGGAUGUUAGAUCUAUACUACAAUAAGGCAUGAUUUGAAUUAAAUGCCAAUAAUUAGGCAAUAAUUUAAAAGGAUACUGUUUUCUUCCUCCAAGAAGUUUCAAGCUAACAAGUGAAAUUUAAAAGCAAAUGUAAAAGUGUUCUGUACAUAAGCAGAUGAAAGAGUCAAUCAGUGUACCUGAAACCUUACUACAAGGGACCUUCAGACUUCCUCUUUAAAAAAAAAAAAAAUCCAGAUCCCACAACAGCACUUGAAAAGCUAAAUAAACUUUAAAAAUAUAAAGGAUACCUGUUUUUUAACUAAGGGAAUUGCAGACAAUCAAUAGAAAGGAGGGACGGGAAGUAACCAAAUCUUGGGAAAAUACCUGCAAGUUUCAGCCAUAUACCAGGGGUUGCCAGAAGACAAACAGAAACAGCUAAUACAGUGAAAAAGAAUGGUGAAGACUUCUAGAAGGAGAAGAGGAAGGAAAAGACAAAAAAGUAAUAGAGGCAAGAAAUCUAUAUACCUGGUAAUGGGUCACUGCUUUUAUCUCUGUGCAUCAAAAUAGGACUCCUUCAUCUAGUGUCCUUUACUACUUGUUUGAGUUACUUUUACCAUUGCCUACCUUUUGAUCAAAUUCUUAGUAUUCUUAAUGACCAGACAUUGUUUUUGUGACCCAUUUUGGUGGUAAUAUGUUAGAUACACUAUAGUAAUAAUGGAAGAAUAACUUCUGUAUCUGUUCUUAAAAGAUCUUGACGUGAAGGUGAACAAAGUGCAGUGUCACUUUUAUUCACUUCUAUUUAGAAGCUAUAGAAGCCCUGCUUAGUUCUAUAGGUAAAUAAUGGUUGCACCAUAAUUUUUAGAACUAUAUGGUUAUUAGUAGUAAUAUGAAGAAGACCUUGUUUUCAACCCAGAGAAAUACAGCUUUUUGUAUUUCAAAAUACAGUAUUUUUGUAUACUAUCUCUAUACUGAGAUAGUAUAAUUGCCUCUGGUUGUCAAAUUAUAAGCUCCUUAAAGGUUAUAGGUUCUGUAUUUUGACAAAUACAGAUUUUGGAUACUGGUGCCUCACACAAAUUGUAGCACUUUGUAUGUAUUCAAGAUAUAUUUUAUGAGUGAAUAACUAUAAUCUUACAUUAAUGUUAUUUUCCAGUUUUUAAUGAAGUGAUUUAAAGCAUAAGCUCUGCAGUCACACUGCCAGGGUUUGAAUCCUGACUCUGCUGUAUGACACUGGAGCAAACACUUAACCUCUCUGUGCCUCAGUUUCCUUAUUGGUAAAAUGAGGAUAGUAAAUAGUACCUCAUAGAGUUGCUGUGAAUAUUAAAUGUUGGUACAGGUAUAAUAGAAAAACUGGCUGCAUGAUAUGCAACAGAGAUUUUGCUAAGAGAUUACAUUAUUGUUGUGAUCAUUACUUACAAGCAUUGUAUGAUAAAUAUGAAGCUUUGUGAAUGAUAAUGAAAUACAUAAGUAAUCAGUAUCUUCCUAUUUACUUUCUCUGUAACUAUAAUAAUUACCAUGUAAUUACCAUGUCCUCACUUCUCAGUUCUGCAAGGUAAGUGGUAUUCACCCCACUUUAGGAGGGUUAAAAAAAAUAGAUGGUUAUGGUUAAGUGAUUUCCCAAAGACUUCACAGCUAGCAAGAAACCCAGCUAUGAUUUAAGGCCAGGUCAUUCUGGCCCCCAAACCCAUGCUCCUUCUAUUAGGUGACUUGAAAGAGAUUGAAAAAAUAAAUCUCUUAUUGCUUUUAGGUUUUACUUCAUCCCAUGUUACUAAUUAAUGAAUUCCUGUAAUGAAUAUAUCUCCAGAAACCUAUUUUAUGCAGUAUAUUGAAAAUUAACCCUUUCCUAAUCAUCAGAGUUUUUAAACAUAGGGAUCAAAUAUAAGGUAUUUAAAUUGAACAAAGAGAUUGACUUUUCUAAUAAUAAAAGACUAUUUUCCUAUAUGUUUGAUUUGUCUGCAUUUAAUAUUAUACUCUGAAAGCAUAAUCAGUCAUAGCAGUGAUACCUGCUAGGACAAUAGAUAUUUUUCAGUUUUAAGAUUAAUUUCCUAUUUUCAUGUGUUUUAAUCCACAAUAGAUAAUAGUAUUACUCAAAUUGUUAUUUUUCCAUCUCCUUAUACUUUGCUUAGGUUACCAAAGAACCGUGCCAGCAAAUAGUGUAAAUAUUUUGACUCUCCCUUAUUAAGAAAGGAGAAAUUACUUAGAACAAAAGGCCUGAAAACAGGAGAUUGCCAGCUCAUUGAAAUUUGUGACAUUAUUGCUUUACCCAAUCACUCUAUGGAUCUUUAAGAGCAUCUGUGCUCAGAAACACUUUAGAAUAUAAUUUCGUCCCACAUAAUAGCUGUAGCCCCUUCUCUGAGGUCCUAAAUCAUUUAGAAAACUAAAAUGGAUAGUGAUUUGGGCUUACAGCAAGAUACAAAUGAGUCUAAGUUUACACAUACCAUUUAGCUUUGCCAAAACAAAGACUCGUUGUUGAGCUCAACUGCACAUCUUGGAUGUUGAAAGGUAUGCAUAUGUCUGUGUGUACAGAAGAAGAUUCAUGGGAGGAGGUGUGACUGGAUCCGUGCAUGUCUACCAACACCCUGGGGAAAAUGUAUAUACCCUACAGCUGGUGAAUCCAGAGAUGAAAAUAACAUUGUCAUUUAUUUAUUUUAUGGUGCUUUAAACUGAUAUUAUACAAAACUUUAGUACCCACCAACUAUGCUGACGUAAUCACAAACAGCUACAAAUAAGAGGAAGCAUUCUAUCAGUUAUUUCUGAAUUUUGAGAUAAAAUUUCUGGGAUUGAAAUUUUAAAUGCAGACUAUGAAGAGAUUUAAAGUUAUGGUUUGUUUACAUCAAAUUUGUUAUUUACCUUUGGCAUAAAACGUACUCAAGCAACUGCUCUGGUCAGAGUAUGUAAAUUAUAUAUAUAUAUAUAUAUAGCCAAUAGUUUUUUCCUUUAAGAGCCAUAACUAUAAUUUAAUGACUUCCAUACAUUUAAAACUUCAACAUUUUCUACAGCAGUUCCACACCUCUCAGUUGUGACUAGAAUUGAUAACCCUUCCCACUAAGAAAUAAAGAAAAGUACACAUCCCCCUCCCCCCCCAAAUCUGAAGACUUAUGGAAACACUGUGAGACAGAGGUGAGGAGCAUAGGAAUGGAGCAGAAGACAUUCAGGGCUUGCAUUUUAGGGUGGGGCUCUUCUUUCUGUUUUUUAUUUCACCUUUUAAACGGAAGAUAAGACUAUUAUAUUUGUGCUAGUAAUUUCCUAUAUUUUGUUUGACAAUUUUAUACUUAUUAAUGAAAUCCCUUGUCUUCUAUAACUUGCAGGGAGUAGUAGAAAACCUUUGAGAGAGGGCAAAUCAAGGGAGGCAGGAAGAAGGGAGGGAAGCCAUGCAGAACCCAAACCCUGUGCUAUCAUGACUCAGCUCCUAACCUCCUGCCAGAAAAUGGCCAUUGCUUACAGUAUAGGAUAAUAAUAUUCUCUAUAUGCUCAUAUUCACCUUGCAGAUUUAAUUUAAAUUAUUCAAACAGGCUAGAAAGUUUUCAAAUAUUUGUCUUUGUCUUCAGUGAUGCUGUAAACUAAUUUUGUCUUCAGAAUUAUAAAGACAAGAUGUCUUACACAGAAACAUUUUCAUGGUUUUUCUCUCUUCUUGCCCCCCUCUUUUGUACUGGAUGUGUUAUUCUGUACAUUUCAAAUUUUGAAUCAUUAAGUAUCAAAUAUAUUAAAGAGGAGAUCUGGAGAAGCUGCUCCAUCAUUUUCUUGGAAGCCAUUUUACUAUUGUUGUAAUAGUGCAGAAUAGAAGCUCUAGCCUAAAAAGUAAAUCCUGGGAUUCUGUAAAAGUAAAUCCUGGGAUUUUGUUAGUAAGGUAGCACCUAAAUGAACAACAACAACAAAAAAUGAUGAUUCAUCAUAUCUGAAGAACAUUAUGAAUAAAUUUGUGCAUGCAAGGCUCUGAUUUUGCAGAUACAGGGAUAGUACCCCCAGCAUGGUGGUAAAGAGUGAAGAGAAGCUUUUUCUUUUCUAUUGAACCCCCAACAUCACCCUCCCCCUUUCAUCAAAGCACAAAGUCUCUUGGUUGAGAUUCCCACUAACUUUUUAGAAUGAAAGCUAGCAUUGCACGUAUGUGUUACAUGUCAAUCAGCACUGCUAUUUCACUGGUUUUUUGUUAAGUUUAUUUUAAACUCUUGUUCUUUAUGGAAAUUCUCUCUAAAUCCUAAGGUUCUUAUUUUUAUACAUUUAAACUUGUUCCUUAAAUUAAAACAUAUAAUUUAAUUAGGAAGAGAAGCCAGUGAGGGUAAUCUGUUACACACACACACACACACACACACACACACACACACACACACCUACCUCCCCUGUUAUUUUCUAGCCUAAGAUAUAUUUACUUUCUGUCUACAGAUCUAAAAAGUCUAAAAUUGGUGAAUUUCCAAAAUACUGGUUUUCAUUCAUAUGUGCUACAUAGACAUUUACAAAACAUUUUUAGUUUUUUAUAGCCUUGCUUAAAAGGCAGAUUUAUUGCCUAGUGUUCUCAAUGUAUUUAUUAAUGUAAUAGUGGAUUCAUAAAAGCAAUAAAUACAUUCAGUUUAUCACUGAGCUUAGUCAUUUUACUUCCUAAAUACCCAUAAAAAUAAUCUACUUUUCAACAUCACUGCCAUCACCACUUUAAUCCACAUUGCUACAUCUCUAUCUAGGGUAUGUAUGAAGGUCUCUUAACUGGCCUUGCUACAUUUCCUGUGGCAAGUCUGACCCGUUCUCCACCUGGUAGCCAAAAGCAUCAUUCUGAGGCUCAAAUCUGAUUAUAUCACCUGCCUCUUUAUAAAAUUCUGAGACCCAAAGGCUUAACACAGCCUUCAUGACCCCACAUGAUCUGUCUCCGCCCUGCUCUUCUUCUAGUUACAGGAUAAGUUCCCUUUUGCCUUCAUCUAUGCGGAUUUUUGCAGAUGUUCCCACUGCCAGCCCUCUCCUCACUUCAUUAACUUCUAUUUUUACUUCAGUAUUCCCUCCGAGAUUUUUAUCAUGAAAAAUCUGGUUUUAUCAAUUCUCCUGUUAUGGCACAUUUCAUCAAAUUUAAGGUACCUUCGAUUAUAAGGACCAUCAUUAUGCUGUGUGCCAUUAAAAAAAGAAAAACUGCCAAUUUUAAAGGGAAAGUACUGUGACUUUAAGGUCAAUUACAAUUUCAUGGGUGCUCUAAUCUGGAAAAGUAUGUCUUAGAAUGAAUUGAAUAUACUAUGUUUUCUUGACAUUUUAUAUUUAUUCAUUAUAUGAUUAAUGUCUAUCUCAUCUGUGAGAGUAGGGACUAUGUCACUGUUCAUUGAAUCCCUUCCCAUUUUUUCCCAAGUCUGCUCCAAACAGACUUUCACCCCUAUCACUUCACCAGAAGUACACUUUUUGAGGUCACUGGUGACCUCCUAAGGCUAAUAAUCCCAGUGGUCAUUUCUCAGUGUUCAUUUCAUUCGACCCAUGAGAAGCAUUUAGCGUUGUGGAAUACUUCCUCCCUCCUGGGAAGAAUUUCUUCCUUUGACUUCAGGGCAUGACAUUCUGUAUUUUCUUACUACCUCUCUCUGGCCUCUCUUUCACAGCCUCUUUUACUGGGUCUUUCUCAUCUCCCCAGAGUCUUAAUGUUUGAGAGCCCUAUGGGCCACAGCUUAGUCUUUAGAUCUCUUCUUUCUGCAUUAGGUCUUUUCCUCAUAGCUUUAGACUAUCUAUAUGUAGAUUUUUCUCUCCCAUCUGGACCUCUCCCCUGAAAUUCAGAUUGAAUUUCUACUAUGUACUUGACAUCUGUACUUGAAUAUAGAAUGGAUAUCUCAAACUUAAUAUGUCCAAAACUGAGCUUCCCUCUCCCCACCCCUCCCCGACCCAUACCAUCAAGCCUAUGUCUCCUGCCCUUUUUCCCCUCUGUAUCACUGCAACUUCAAUUUUCCAGUUGCAAGCUAAAAUCCUUGGGAUUAUCCUAGAUUCCUCUCUUUCUGUCAUACCCUUUAUCCAGGCCAUUGGCAAAUCCUGUUGGCUCCACUCUUAAAGUGUUUGCAGAGGCUAGCUUCUAUAACCACCUGUUCUAAGCCAUCAUUAUCUCUCACCUGGAUUUUUAGAGUACCCUGAAACUACUCUCAUUUACAGCAGCUAGAGAAAACCUUUAAAACAUUUGUCAGAUCAUGUCACUUCUUUGGGUCAGAACCCUCAUUUGGCUUUCCAAUUCACACAGGCCUCCACGGUAAAGGCCUGACAUCCUGCAGGGCCCUGCCUAUUCCACGUCACCAUACCCUUCUGACUUCCUCUCUGACUUCUCUCCCAUUUAAUCCUGUGCAGCAGCUGUGCCAGCCUCCUUGCUCUUCCUCACCUCAGGUCUUUGUAUACUUGCUGUUCCACCUGCUGUCUGCAUGGCUUGCUCCGUCACCUCCUUAGGUGUCACUGUCUCAAUGAGCCCUUCCCUGACCACUCUGUUUAAACGUGCAGCCCCCACAGCACUCCCUUUUAUCUGUCUCAGCUUAGUUUUCUCACACUAGAUAUUUUGCUUAUUUAUUGUCCAUCUUCCCUUCCAUGAGAAUAAAGAAUUUUUGUAUGUUCAUUGCUACUGUAUCCCUCAAGACUUGUAAUAAAGCUCCUGCUUAAUAAGUGUUUAUUCAAGGAAGGGAUGAGAGGGAGGAAAAUCUGAUUUGAGUGUUUUUAAGCCAUAAGCAAAAUUUUAAUGUUGUGUAUCUAUGCUUCAUUCUAGCAUUAGGAGGCUUAGACUCCUCAUCAUGCUCAUUUGGAUACAAUUUCUUGUAACUGGUUCACUGGAGAAGGCUUCUACUUGAUACCUGAAGAGUCCCAUAGAGAACUGUAGAGCUGCACUAAACAACAGGAUGUUCAUUUCUAAAUUGCCUACAUCAAGACUGCAGUGCUGGUUCUAUCACUGACGGGCAGUGAUCUGUCUGCCAGUACAUGUGUUUGUUUGAGUUGACAUUAAAUAACCUGUCUUUAAUAAAUGCUUUAUAUAAAGGAAACAGCUCUAAAGCUGGAGGAUUCUCUUCAAAUUGUAUGCAAUAUUAAAGAUAGUGAUAAAGAGAUAAAGAAAAACAUGAAAAAAUAUUAAGAGAUCAUUUCAACUUUUUUGACAUUUUACUGAAAUCAAAUCACUCAAAAACGAAUCAGGUACUGCUGAUAAAGAAAAUCUGAAUGUUUGUUUGUAACAAGCCAACUGGUACUGUUUUCUUCAUUCAGUUAAUCACUGGACUAUGUUGAAUCAUGAGAUUUAGUAAUGUUAUCUUCUGUGUUCUGAGUUAUGUGCAACCUUAUUUGUGAAGGUGUGUUUUGUACCAAAGGCUCUCCUACAUAGAUUGGCCCAUUUCACACAUAAAUAAGUGAAGUCUACACUGUGCCCAGAUGAAUGGUAUUAAACAGACUGGCCUAAAAGAAAUGUGCCUUGCUUAAUUAAACAUCCUUUUAUUUUUUGAUCAAAAUGAUAGAUUUACAAUUAGCCUCAUAGGUAGGUUUUAGCUGAAUGUAAACCUAAAAAUAUAUUAGUAUUUAUUAUAUGUUUAAGUUGCCUAUUUUAACUAAAAUUUUAAUAUUUAGUUAUAGUUUGCAGCAUUUUACAUAUAAUAUCCUCAUUCAAGUUAGUUUUCACGUGGUUUGGUAUGGUGAGAAAAAGCACAUUCUUAAAGAUAUAAUAUUUCAUCUAAUGUUUAUAGAAUUUCCUUCAAAAUUAUAUCUGUAAAAGAUUUCUUGACUUAUUUUCUAUUUUUGUAUUUUAUUCCUUUAGAAAUGGAACUUUUUUCAAUAAAAAAGAGCAAAGUUUUAGUUGGAAAAGAGAUUAAGGAGGUCAUGAAGAUGAUUUCCCAUUUGGGAAACAUUUCACUUUUGUGCCAUUAUUAAUGUAUUUACUGUGACAUUUCAGCAGAAUGGUAGCUAUUUGUAUAUUAUUUAAUAAGCCUUAUGGAAAGUCAAACUGUGAACAUUUGGUAUAAUGAAGACUUUUUUCAUUCUCAUAUUUUAUUUUUGAAACAUACCUGAACAAGUGCAUAAAUAACCAAUUUCCUGUUAUUCAAAUGUAUAAUGAUGCUGUUAUAAUAAGAGGGCUUGUAGAAUUUUAAUUACUAUCAAAAUAUUUCAGUAGCAAAGCCAAGAUUAUAAUACUUUUUGAUGCCAUGUAGAAGGAAAUACAGGUGAUGAGUUUCAUUGUUAAUAUAUAAGAAUCGGUAACUGAAACAAUCUGAUAGCUAGUAGCAGCAACAGAUGGGUAGGAGAUAAUUUAAGUAACUUUCUUUGAGGCAGUGUCUACAAUGAAUUCUGUACAAUUUGCUGGUAAUUUUUCUAUAGUGAGAAUUUUGAGACCAGACACUCUAGGUAAAAAUGAAGUAAAAGAGUGUGAUAAGUAUCUCAGAUUUGAGCAAUAUGAACCUGUCAUCUGGAUGACUUGUAAUUGAGGUGAAAACAUAGCCAAAGCCACUACUAUGUUUUUGUUCUAUGUUAGCCCACAUAGGAGGGACACUAGCUCAGAGAAUUAUCAAUCCAUUCUAGCCACCUAAUACUCAUAACUAAUGAUCAUAGACUGGUCAGCAGUAAAGUAAUUCAUAUCAGCUAUUGGGAUGAUUGAAACAGACCCAUUAACUGUCCUAGAAGAGGUCUUAGACAUUCAGAUGUUUUGGUAAGUAUCAGUAGACAUUACAAAAAUAGACAUAAGUACUACCUUGGAAACACUAAUGACAUAACUUUAAGCAUUAUGAAUAUUUAGUAUCAUAUCUGCAUUAUUGCUGCAGGUUCCAGCAGUUUCAAAUAAAGACAAAACCUGGACUUUGCGAUAAAAGCUCAGAGUGGCACCAGAUGAGUAAACUGUCAUACCCAAUAUGCUUCACCGAAUGUAUAGCAAAAAUCUAGCACUGGUCUAGAUAGCAUGAGACCAGAGUGCUUACCCACUUUCUACCUGUGGGAUACUAGAUAAGUCACUUAGCAUUGCUAGGCUACAGUUUCCUGAAUUGCAAGAUGGGUAUGCUGGGUUAAAUAAUCCUCCAAGCCCUUUCCCAGCCCCCAAAUCCUCAUUUAUAUACCUUAAAAAGGCUUUGAAGAAUACUUAAAGCACUCAGAUUUUCUUAUGCAUCUCCAAAGGAACGAGUAAAUUGAAAUAAGAUUUAAACCUUGAAAGUGUCAUAAAUAUACCAUUCUUCAAAUUGAGUAUGAGAAGAAGAAAUAGGAUUUUUUUUUUCUCCUCUAAGAAUUGUCACUGGCCUAUAAUGGGAUCAUGAAAAAGUAGAAAAAGCACUCUGCACAAUGGAAACAGAUUAAUGAAAUCACUGGAAAGGAGGGGAGGUUAUUUGUUAAAUUUAAUUAGAUGUUAAUGUGAUUUGAAAUUGUAUAUGCUAAGAACAGUACCAGAGCUUUACUGCACACUCAACAUCAUAAUCCCAGAGUAGAAGGUGGGGAAAGCUUGGAGGGAUGGGAGUGGUUACCUUACAAUCUCUUGAUCUUUUUUGCACGAGAGGCAGUUUGGUAGAGCUUAAGCGGUGUCUGUGCUUCAGUGUUGGCUCUGCUAAUAACUCAUGUGCCCUAGGAAAGUCCCUUUGACCUCUCUGAGCUCCCCCCAACUUCUCUAUCUGUAUAAUGAAGACUUUAAAUGUAGUAACCUGGUUUCUUUACAUUUUUGAAAAUUCUAUAACAUCUUCAGAAUGUCCUGAUACACAUAGAUGUGUACCUGUUGCCCCUCUCCAGGCGCCAGGAUGCCGCAGAUCUCUGUUCACGUGACUGAAUAGACUACAAAUCCAAACGUUCAUAUUUCUGAUUGACCCUCAGCAAGACCUUAGAAAAUGUAGCUUUUACUUUUAAUUUUGACCAUGGCUUACCUAUUAUGACUUAUUUCAUCUUUCAAUGCUGAGUUAAACAAAAUUUCUGUUCAAGUGAACGCUCUGUUUAAAUUUUUGUAGUUUAUAAACACUCGACAAACCAGAAUUAAAUAUAUAAUCCUUGCCAAUGAACUGUAGCUGAUGGCAGGGUGCAUUUUUUUUCGUCACACUAAAGAGGUAAUGCCAUCUGGGUCUUGGAAUCAAUGGCUAUAAUUUGAAGUAACAUUCACAAAAUUUUGUAAAUUUUUGUGAAUACAAAAGUGGCCUGAUAGAGCCAUUCUAUAAUUAAUUUUGCUCAGGAGUGAGAAACAAAAUUCAGGGAUAACCCAAAUGCUUCUGUUUGGCUUUUGUGGACAGUUGGAAAAAAGAAAGGUUAUAGCUUUUGUACAACAUAGAUAAGAGAUGAUUAUACCCAUUGAAAAAUAAGAAUAUAUUCUGGUUGCUGGUUUUAUGGAAGAAAGGAUAGAAAGAUGCUAAAAUAUAGACACUAGGGGAAUUGUUAAAAUGAUAACAGUCCAUUUAAGUAAUACAGAAAUAUUUUGUCAUAAUGAUAUUAUUUGUGCAGAGGUUUAGUCUUGUAUCUUUCCAUUCAGAAGAGGGGGCAGUUUUUAAAGGCCUCUAUCAUAGUAGGAAAUGUAUAUUUUGACUAGCUGAGCAAUUCAUUAAAACGUUUAAUCUGAUGGGUUUUGGUUUUGUGAAUCUGAAUUUUCACUUUAGGUGUAAUUGAGUCUCUUAUAUAUUCGUGUUAGUGAUAUUUGUGAAAAGUAAUUGUAUCCAUUAUUUUAAAGUUGAUGAAAUUUGCUCAGUGGUGAUUCUAGCAAAUUGUGUUAAUAUUGUAUCUUGCAACAAUUUGUGAACUACCAUACAGAAACUAACCAUAGUAGUAUCUCUUCCAGUAAAUUGUAUCCAUGGUGUGAUGUCUUAAUGCUGGGUUUGGGGUGGGAAGGUUAAGUAUUUAGUUAAUUUAAAACUACUUGUCAAAGUGUUUUUCCUAUAUGCCAUAAAUUGUAUGACUGUAAACCAAAUAGGAAUAUACUCCUCUUUUUUCAGUGUAGGCCAUUUUUGGAACUACCCCAUAAUACGAUAUAGUUUUUAGUUAUAAGUUCCUACAAGGGAAAGCAAACAGUAUAUGUAGUAUUUCUAUGUAGCAUGUUAAAUGUAAUAAUAAGCAAUCCAUUUUUGAAAUCUUAUACAAAUAGUAAGUAUGCAGAUAGCCAACUGCAGUGUUUUCAUAGCAAUGUCUAUCAUUUGUUUAUUGUGUCAUACUUUGCAAGGAUCAUUCACAUCUUAUUUAACCUUAUUUAAAAUAUCUAUAUGAAGUAAUAAUACCAUCUGAAGUUUAGAGAUUAAACAACCGAUAGAGCAAGUGACUUGUCCAAGAUCAUUUGGCCAGCAAAUGGCUCCAAGUCUCAUUUUCUUUACCCUGUUCUCCAUCUGUCAUGUUCUGUUGCCCCCAUCACUGCCAUUAUCUUUAAAACCUUAACUAAAAUAUAAUUCUAACUGAUAUGUUGGGAAAUAUAAGGUUUGGGGGACAAGGUAUUUUUCUGCUAUUGUCAGAACUUCUUGGAUACUUCCAGAAAGUAGUCCUCCCACAGGGUGAGAGCCAAACAUUUCCCAUCUAGAACAUAUUAAGUCCCUAAACCCUGACCACAAACACCAAAUCUGACAUGUGAUGUCAGAAUGCUAGACUGAAAAGUUAUCUUCUUCACUGACGUAAUUUCCUUUUUACAAAACCUACCACAAUGACUGACCCGUUGAAAGAAGCAAUAAUCCAAGAAACUGCAGACAUUCUGAUUUAGAGAAAACAUACUGUCAGAUGGACCAGAGUCCCUGACUUUCAGCCUCUUGUUUCUCAUCACAAGUAUUCUGUGAUUAGCAGAAGACAGGCAAGGGGGCACUGGGAGAAGGACUCAUUUUAAGUAAACUCCUUAUUUCUUGUAACUAUUCAAAAAGAAUUGGUUACCAAAUGUUAAAUAGCAGUAUUAUUAUCAUUUAGUCAUAGUUUAAGUAGAGGGUAAAGUUCAUCCACAUAUUUAAAAACUAGUUAAUUUCCCAGAUAAAAUUAAAAUCUGAUGCUGCUCACUUUGAGCAUGGAGAAGAUUCACGGGCUAAUUCAUGAUAGAAUACGUUUUUAUCCUUUUUUGAAACAACACAGAGGUACUGUUACUGCUUUCCCUUGUAAAUCAACAGUGUGUGAUACAUUCUGUACUUUUACUGACUAGCAGUGUGGUGUUCCUGUGUAUAAUUAAGUGGCACAUACGCUAUAUUAUGUCAGAAUCUAACAUUUUCUAACCUUAAAUUUGGUUCUCUUUGUCAAACAGCUAAGUCAAACAGGUAUUAUUUUGUAUGGAAUGAAAUAAUAAUCAUUCUCAAAUACUGGCCUAAUAACAAGUAAUGGAAUUCUUAAUAAAAUGUAAAAUCAAACAUUUUUGCUGUAUUCAUCUUCUUUGAAUAAUAUUGAAUUAUGUUAAUUUGUCACUUAUUAAUGUAAAGUUUAAGUAAGUUCUUAUGCUGUGUUCCCUAAUGUUCUUGUCAUAAUAAAUUUGAACCUUCUGUUAAGUAAA